CUGUUAAAAUUUUAGAUUCAUGGAUCAAGAUAAUAUUGCCUCUAUCUCUUGGGCUGUGCUCCACUUAAACUGAUUCUGCUGGAGUAAAAUUAAGAUUUUUAUAUUCUUUUGCAAAGAAAAGUUCCUUAACAUACAGUAUUUUGAUAAAAGUCGUUUUCACUAUAUACCAAUGUUCUUGCUCUUUUCCCCACGCCUUUUCCCAAAUACUUCACCUAAGAUUUGAGUUGUCUGCUGUUUUGGCUUUGGUACAUGUACAGAAGAGAUGUCGGGCAGUCUCGGGCUGAGUGGUAGCCCAACUCCCCGUCUUAUGAUCCUCCUCGCUGGGUCAAGGUGUGUGUUAGGAGGGUCAGCUUCAGUGUGCACGGGCAGACUGGACCCUUCCUGGCUGCCUUAGGUUUGCUGUGCAUGCAUUGAGCAGCCCUCCUGUGCCUUCACAGUUGCCCAUGCUUUCCCUCAGAAGCACUCAAUUUUACUCUGCGCAUACAAUAUGUUCAUUCUAGGCAGUUCCUGUGGGCACUGCAGAAGAGGUUGAGAGGCCACUGCGGCUCAGCCCCAGCUGCUGCUGCCACCAGGGCAUUUUACAUAGUUCACAUUAUGCUAUUAUAUUGGAAGAGAUAGGCCAAGAGUGCUGGGUGAAGAUUGGAAAGCUGUGGUAGCAGGCUGUCUAUAGACGGCAGUUUCUGUAGCCGCUGUUAGUUCAAAGUUAUUCAGCAGGCUCAUCCAUUCACAAACGUCAAGCUGUUCAGAAUUAUCAACUUCAGUCAGAGAAGUGCAUUUUCCUGAGGUGUCUAAUGACAUCCUCAAAUGAGCUGAGGAAAGAUUAUCCCUGGAGCUAUGGAAAAAGUUUCAGUAAUCUUUACUGCGUCCUAAUAUAGUUGGUAAGAGUUGUAACAUAUUUAACGGGCAAGUUUAAAUAUUAUUUCUAUAUAUAUGUGUACACACUUUAUUUCUGUUAAGUCUGGCAACAUGGCUUCAACCAAGUAACCUAUUUUUCUAUCAUACAGGAUGCAGACACCUCCCCUCCCCACACAGAGUUAACUUAAAUGAGUCAUAGUGUAGUCGCUUCUGCUACUUGUCUCAUUUAAGGGACAGAUGUAUGCAAUGGCAUUAAUAGGCAAUUUUCUACUAGUAUGUUUAAUUUUAUCAUUUUCAUUUCUCAGGAUGUGAUCUUCAUGGUGAGCUGGUGGGAAAACUGAGUUGUAAAUCACCCCAAUGGAUGCAGACAGUGAUGUUGCAUUGGACAUUUUAAUCACAAAUGUAGUGUGUGUUUUUAGAACAAGAUGUCAUUUAAACUUGAGGAAGAUCGCAUUAGAGGGAGCAAAUGUUAUAUACAAGCGUGAUGUUGGGAAAGUAUUAAUGAAGCUUAGGAAGCCUAGGAUUACGGCCACAAUUUGGUCCUCAGGAAAAGUUAUUUGCACAGGAGCCACAAGUGAAGAAGAAGCUAAAUUUGGUGCCAGACGAUUAGCUCGUAGUCUACAGAAACUAGGUUUUCAGGUAAUUUUCACAGAUUUUAAAGUUGUGAAUGUUUUAGCAGUGUGCAACAUGCCCUUUGAGAUCAGAUUGCCAGAAUUUACGAAGAAUAACAGACCUCAUGCGAGUUAUGAACCAGAACUUCAUCCUGCCGUGUGUUACAGAAUAAAAACUCUCAGAGCUACCUUACAGAUUUUUUCCACAGGCAGUAUCACAGUUACAGGGCCAAACGUAAAAGCUGUUGCCAGUGCUGUGGAACAGAUUUACCCAUUCGUGUUUGAAAGCAGGAAAUAAAUUUUAUAAUUCACCACUUGAUGGUUAGCUUUCCUAACCAAGCACCUUUAAAGACUGCUGCACAUUGGACUAAAAGCAAAAAGGAAAACUGGACCAACCAUAGCAGAAGAAUACGGACUCUUUUACUUGCUCAUGGCGACAGUAUAAACUCCAGUUCUUUUGGAUUUUACUCUUAACAGUGCUGUAUUGUAAAAAAGGAAGUUUACAAGAUAUGAAAUUGCUGCUUUUAAAAAGACAUUCUAUUUAUUUUUGCAGUAAUUUCUGUGUAUUCAUAAGCAAAGCUGUCACGAUGUGCACUACCUUUAAAACAUUAUUUUUCUUUUUUUAGUUUGAGCUUGUGUUUUAUUUGUCUUUUACAUUUUUGUAUGCUGAAUAUUGGGCACCAAAGAAGCUGUAAAAGUUAUCUUUUUCACCUGAUGAAUGUGCACAAAUAAAAGUUUGGAAAAUAUUUCUCUUCAUACCUGUUCUGUUAUAUUCCUUUCCCUUUUUCUAUUACAGUUAAAAUUGUAUAGUUGCAAAUUAAUUCGAAACAAUGUAAGAAUAGUCUUUUGCUGAUACCUUCUGUUUCUAUUUGUAGUAUGUGUAAAACUUUGUGCGUGGGUUAGAUUGAAAUCUAUAGUAGUUACAGAUGUUUAUCUGAGGGUGAAAUUUGGUUUGUUCCCAUUUCUCUUAACUACAUGCCAGACUUCAAGUAUUUUCUUGCUGUUACGUGAAGAGAAGACAUUUCUAAAUGUAAAGGUCUACAGCAAGUGCUUUCCUGUAGAUGAUGAGAAAAUCUUAUCAACUAAAGAAGCUACUGUAGAAAAAUCAACUGCCUUGUCCACCUACUGGAUGCAAAAGGAAAAAAUUUACUAUGUGAGCUUCAGUUUACAGGAAAGUGGUGUUGUGCUUCAACUUGAGAAGAUGGUAUGGUCACGCUAAUCCAGCCCCAGCCUAUUGCUGAAUGGUUAACACAGACCUUUUCUACACUCUUCUUACUGUAUAAUAGUUUCAUGACAGGAGCUGCCAACAAGCAAUGAAGCUUGAUUCGGGCAUGUGUUAUUAUUGGUAUUAAUCUUGGACUUGGAAGCCAGUAGAUGUUUCUCUCAAUAAGUGCACAUUUGAAGCAAAAGAGAGGUGAAUGCUUAAAAGUAACUGCAAAUGCUACUUUUAAAAAGAUACAAUAAAUAUGUAUAAAUGUA